AUGAGUAAAUCAUCUGAAGUAUCUACAAAGAAAGUUGCUUGUUUCGAACCACGAGAACAAGCAAUGGAUACGCAAAAAAAAAAUGGUACAGAUGAUCUGGAUAAAUUGGCUCCAGAAGAUAUGACAUCAAAAGAAUAUUAUCUUGAUUCAUCAGCUCAUUUUGCUGUUCAUGAAGAAUUAUUAAAAGAUGAAAUUCGUACAAAAACAUUUCGUAAUGCAAUUAUUAAUAAUCGACAUUUAUUUAAAGAUAAAAUAGUAUUAGAUAUUGGUUGUGGUGUUGGAAUAUUUAGUUUAUUUGCUGCUAAAGCCGGUGCAAAAAUGGUUAUUGCUGUGGAAAAAUCGAAUGUAAUUGAAUAUGCAAAAAAAAUUAUUCGUGCAAAUCGUUAUGAUAAAGUCAUCAAAGUUAUUAAAGGUAAAAUAGAAGAUAUUGAAUUACCUGAAGGUAUUCAACAAGUUGAUGUUAUCAUUGCUGAAUGGAUGGGUUAUUCAUUAUUUUAUGAUUCAAUUAUUCAAAGUGUUAUUUAUGCAAGAGAUAAAUAUCUUAAACCUGGUGGUGUUAUUUUUCCGGAUCGUGCAACAAUGUAUCUGGUUGGUAUUGAAGAUCGAGAUUAUAAAGAAGAUAAAGUAGAAUGGUGGUCAAAUGUUUAUGGUUAUAAUAUGAGUUGUUUAAAGAAUUAUGUCAUGCGCGAACCACUAGUCGAUACAGUUGAUAAACGUCAAAUUUGUACAGAUCAUUUUCCACUUAAAACAAUUGAUCUGAAAACAAUGACUAUUGAUGAUAUUAAUAUCGAUUCAAAAUUUCGACUUACUGCCUUACGCGAUGAUUAUGUUCAUGCAUUUGUUACUUACUUUGUCGCAGAAUUUACCGCAUGUUCACAAAGAACAGUAAUUAAUACUGCACCUGGUGCCGGUUAUACGCAUUGGAAACAGACAGUUUUCUAUUUUCCUGAUUACGCAACAAUAAAACAUGAUGAAGCUUUAGAAGGAACAUAUUAUUGCAAAGUUAAUCUUGAAAAUACGAAAAAACUUGAAUUUGGUAUUGAUUUUCAAUUUAAUGGUCAACUAUCAUCUUUAGAAAUAUCUCUUCUUCUUGCUGCCGAAGAAAAAUUUAAGAUUGUAUGUUACUUUGCAAAUUGGGCUGUAAAACGUCCCGGUGGAGGUUCAAUGACUCCUGAAGAUAUUGAUCCUUGUUUGUGUACACAUGUUAUAUAUGCUUUUUCUGAAAUGGAUAAUAAUCAAUUAACACCAAUGGAAAAACAUGAUCUAAAAGAUGGAAAUCAACCAGGCUUUUUUGAACGAUUUAAUGCUUGGAAAAGUGUUAAUAAAAAUUUAAAAACUUUACUUGCUGUUGGUGGUUGGGAUAUGGGCAUGAAAGAUUUUGCAGGUAUUGUUAAAUCGGAAAAGACAAUGAAAAAAUUUGCUGACUCAGCUGUAAAAUAUUUACGUAAACAUAAAUUUGAUGGUCUUGAUCUUGAUUUUGAAUAUCCUGGUGUUGAUUGGAGAGAUAGUCCAAAAGAAGAUAAACAAAGAUUUACAAAAAUGUGUGAAGUUUUAUAUACAACAUUUGAAAAAGAAGCAGAAACAACUGGUAAUGAACGUCUUCUUCUAACUGCUGCUGUAGCAGCUGCAAAAGUUAAUAUUGAUAAAGCAUAUGAAGUUGAUAAACUUGUUCCAGUAAUUGAUUGGUUUAAUUUAAUGACUUAUGAUUUUCAUGGAUCAUGGGAUCAAAAUCGUGCACAUCAUUCAUCACUUAAUAGUAAAGAUGAUGAAAAAGAUGAUACAAUGUAUACUGAUUUUGCUGUAAAAUAUUUUCAAAAAUUGGGUAUGCCAACCAAUAAAAUGAUGUUAGGUGUAGGAACAUAUGGACGUGGUGAUACACCAGCUAUGCCUUAUACAGGAUUCAAAGGCGAAAGUGGUUUUGUUGCAUAUUAUGAAAGUUGUAUUCAAAUUGUUUGUGAAAAAAUGAAAGAAACAUGGGAUGCAAAACAACUUGUUCCAUAUAUAGCUGGACCAUAUAAUCAACCGAAAGCUGGUGUAGAAAAUGUUCGAAGUAUGAAAUAUAAAGCAAAUUAUAUUAAAAAAAAUAAUUUGGGUGGAGCUAUGAUUUGGACACUUGAUAUGGAUGAUUUUCGUGGACAAUUUUGUUGUCAAGGAAAAUUUCCUUUAAUAAAAACAAUUAAAGCUGUUUUACAUGGACAACUUAAAUUAUUACCAAAAGAAAAAAUUUGUUCAACAUGUCCAACAAAAGAAUAUAAAAAUUUUAAACCUGAAACUCAACCACAAACAACAGAAAAAACAACAAAAAAACCAAAGAAAUCAAAACGUGAUGCAGAUACACCAUCACCACAAGAUGUAUGUGAAGAAUUAAAAGAUGGUCAAUGGCCUGAUCCAUCAGAUUGCAAGAGUUAUUAUUUAUGCCGUGGUGUAGGCUCUCAGUGGGGUGAACAAAAACGUGAAGUGUGCUAUACUGGUGCUUAUUUUGAUCCAAAUGAAAAAACAUGUAAAUGGGUUGGCAUGGAUAAACUUAAUUGUGAAGAACUUGUCGAAGGUUAUGAAAAUCCUGUAGCUGGUGUUACACGAUCAACUGAUGAACCAGAAGAUGAUGAUGAUGGUGCAGAUGAUGAUGAUACAUCAACUGAUGCAGGUGCCUCAUCAAAAAAGAAAAAAACUAAAGCACCAUCAACUAAAUCAAUAUCCAUAUUAAGUCGAACAACAUCGGAAUUUGAAACAUGUGCAGCAGAAAAACCAGUUGAAUUCGAUCCUGUACAAGGUAUGCUAUGUUACUCUUGCGAAAGAAAACUACUACAAUUCAGUCGUGGUUGUUCAAUGCCUCCACCAUCGACAGGCAAUCUCACUCAACAAGCACAAUGUCUGUCAAGCAAAGCAGAAGGCAAGACAAUAUGCGUGAAAUAUUGCCAAACCAGUCUUUGCAACAAUCAGGACAUAAGCGAUGGCGCUUUGGCCGUUACAGUCAGACGAAUAACACACGUCGUCUAUUACCUAUUAGCUUUAUUAAUAAUUGUCAUAUCAACAGAUCAUCAUUAUUAA